UCCACGACCGUCCUCCUCACUACUUACAAGCCAGCAGAGCCCAGCACCACACGUACUGGUGCAUGCACACUAGCUACCUUCCAGGUGCAGUGCCACUAACCUUAGACGAUAGAUAGCUCGAUCUCGAUCUCGAUCUCUCACACCGGCAGCCAGCCAUGGCGCUCGCGUCUCUCCCCAAGGUGGUGCUGGGCUCCUUCGCCUUCGCCGUCUUCUGGAUGAUGGCGGUGUUCCCGUCGGUGCCGUUUCUCCCCAUCGGCCGGACGGCGGGGUCGCUGCUCUCCGCCGUGCUCAUGAUCGUCUUCCACGUGAUCAGCCCCGACGACGCCUACGCCUCCAUCGACCUCCCCAUCCUCGGCCUGCUCUUCUCCACCAUGGUCGUCGGUGGGUACCUCAAGAACGCCGGCAUGUUCAAGCACCUCGGCACCCUCCUCGCGUGGAAGAGCCAGGGCGGCCGCGACCUGCUCUGCCGCGUCUGCGUCGUCACCGCGCUCGCCUCCGCGCUCUUCACCAACGACACCUGCUGCGUCGUGCUCACCGAGUUCGUGCUCGAGCUCGCCGCCGAGCGCAACCUGCCCGCCAAGCCCUUCCUCCUCGCGCUCGCCUCCAGCGCCAACAUCGGCUCCAGCGCCACCCCCAUCGGCAACCCGCAGAACCUCGUCAUCGCCUUCAACAGCAAGAUCUCCUUCCCCAGGUUCCUCAUCGGGAUCCUGCCGGCCAUGCUCGCCGGCAUGGCCGUCAACAUGGUCAUGCUGCUCUGCAUGUACUGGAAGGACCUCGAGGGCGUGGCCCCCGACGCCGACGGCAAGCAGAUGGCCGUCGUGGAGGAGGGCGGCCGCUCGCCGUCCGUGGCGUCGCUCAAGAGCCCGCACCCCUUCAACGGCACCAUGGCCGACGACGGGAACGAGUCGAUGAUGGAGGAGAACCUCUCCACCAAGCACCCCUGGUUCAUGCAGUGCACGGAGCACCGGCGCAAGCUCUUCCUCAAGAGCUUCGCCUACAUCGUGACGGUGGGCAUGGUGGUGGCCUACAUGGCCGGGCUCAACAUGUCGUGGACGGCCAUCACCACCGCCAUCGCGCUGGUUGUCGUAGACUUCCGGGACGCCGAGCCCUGCCUCGUCAAGGUCUCCUACUCGCUGCUCGUCUUCUUCUCCGGCAUGUUCAUCACCGUCAGCGGCUUCAACAAGACGGGGCUGCCGGGCGCCAUCUGGAACUUCAUGGCGCCCUACUCCAAGGUGGACAGCGCCGGCGGCAUCUCCGUGCUCUCCGUCAUCAUCCUCCUCCUCUCCAACCUCGCCUCCAACGUACCAACAGUGCUGCUGAUGGGGAACGAGGUGGCUACCGCGGCGGCGCUCAUCUCGCCGGCAGCGGUGACGCGGUCCUGGCUGUUGCUGGCGUGGGUGAGCACGGUGGCGGGCAACCUGUCGCUGCUAGGGUCAGCAGCGAACCUGAUCGUGUGCGAGCAGGCACGCCGGGCGCCCCGCAACGCCUACGAGCUCACCUUCUGGAACCACCUCAUCUUCGGCGUGCCCUCCACCCUCAUCGUCACCGCCGUCGGCAUCCCCCUCAUCGGAAAGAUGUAGCCACCCUAUGCAUCUACCAGCAUCGCCCACACCACCGCCGCCGAUCCAACUAUAUGCAAUAUACACUUUAAUUUCCUUAUAUAUAUAUAUAUAUAUAUACCAGCAGCCUGUACAUACGUACGUGCAUACACAAGCGUAUAUACGGGCACUUUGUACGUACGUACAUACAGGUCCUAGCCUCCGUUUUCGUAUGUGUGUUAAUUGCUGCGUGCGUCGUUGAUUAAUUAGUAUAUGUAUGUAUGUAUGGUGAGAAGAGAGGGAGAGGGAGAUGGUUAUCAUGCACGGUGUGCUAAUUAAUUAAGCAGUGCACUGUGGACUGUACUGGUGAUUGAUCUGCAUGGAUUAAUGGAUUUGCUUCAUCAGACCAGAGAACACAUAUGUUAUAUAUGCAAGUGCAAUAUAUGUGGUUGCAUGUGUUUGCAUGGCACUUGAAGAAAAAAGAAAAGAAAUCUCCUGUUGGUUUC